UCCAUUUAACAGAUUUUUGAAAUUAUGUCUAUUUUAGAAAUCACAAACAAAGCAAAGUUACAUCAGUCAGAAACCCACUGGCAUUACUUAAUGUGUACAUAUGAUAAACCAUUUUUUAGUAAUGUUAUUUAUACUAAACGAAAGUCCAAGACCUGUAUUCAUUGUGAUAAUUGCCAGUCAGCAGUGAUCAUGACUCAGCUGUUCAAAAGCAACCAUUUUGUUGGUUGCUGCAUUAUCCGACGUGGGAACUCUCAAUUCAGUCCAAGUUGUUUAUUCAAAUUCAAAUUGUUUAUUGCCAGAACAUCUUUAUAAUGUAUAGCAGUGUCAGAAACAAAUUCAACAUGUACUAUAAAAGAAAUCCGUUGAAUUUUUAUUUUUUUUAUUUAAUUAGAAACACUGUAAAUUUUUUUUAUUGCCAACUGAUUUUGAGGUUUGAAAAAAUUGUUUUUAUACCGGAUUCAAAAUCUAUGGAACAUACAGAUUGCAAAAAUAUAUAACACUAGGGUUUUAGCAUAGUACAUGCAAUCUAUAAACAAUUUAAGAGGUUCACCCUUUGCAAUAAGGCAAAAAUGCGCCUGCCACACAGGGAAAUACCGACUCCACAGACUUUACAGAAUCACUUAAGAAGUUUCAAAGUUAGACACUACAUUGCUUGAUAUUUAGUAUUAUCUUUUGUAUGUAUACAUUCAAGUUAUUUUGUUAAAAAGUACACAAGAAAUUUGAAUUGGUUGUUGUAGUCUCUGACAGUAGUAAACAACAUGUCGGAGGUGUUGGUGGUGGUAGGCAAGAUGGCUGAGCUGGAGUCUCUAGAGCUGGGGGAAAUGGUAGCUGUGACGGAGGCACAAGUGGUUGAAGGCUUUUCACGACUCCGUAAUCUCAAGCGGCUUCGCCUUGAGAAGGGACAAGACAACUGUGCUACUUAUGCCAUCCUAGAUACCAUCUGUCAGGUACAAUCCCUGAAGCAGUUGGAGCUCAUAAAUUUUGAUAUUGGAAAAUACUUCCAUAGGCACCUGGCUCGGUGUGAGAACAUUGAAACUCUGCUCUUGGUCCCCACUUACUAUGAAGUUGAGUUUGAAGGUACCAACCACCAGCUUGUGUUUCAUAGACCCCCUACCCCAUUUUUGAUUGAAAAGACCAACUUCAGGGUGAUGCUGGCUGCUUACAAACUCUCUGAUACACUGAAGCAUUUCGUGUGGGGGUUCACCACCGAGAUCCUGGAGUGGAUGAAGAGGUUUGCCAAUGCACUUAUAGAUGUUGCAAAUUUGACAGAUACCAUUGUUACAAGUGACAUUAUUAUGAUCGAGGAUCCUGUUACAAUGGAGACUUCGACAGGGAGGUUGCAGUUUUUGGAAACUGUGGUGGAUUCGGAGCUAGUUGAGCUCUUACCCAAUACCAAGUUUUCAAUUCUUAAAGUUCCAUUUAAACACACGUGGCGAGUGACCGUUCCUGGUCCAUUUCGAUGUAAUCACGUCGCACAUGUGUUCGCCAGAAGGCCUCCUCGUACAGUGUAAAAAAACUGACAGGAUCAUUUUCAAGGGAGUUUAACCAUCUCACUGCUUGUUAAGCUCCAAUAAUACUUUCAUUAUGGAUAUUCUGCAUCACAUUUGUUGUUCAGUGUAAUAUUACACAAAAAGUAUGUUAUCCUGUCGUUAUUUGAUUGUACCAUUUCAUAACUUCAAUUGACAUAUUGUUUGUAAUAGAUUUUUUAAUUGCUGAUUAAAUUAUGGUAGUAGCUAUAU